AUGUCAAUGUAUAUGUGUCUUUGGUUUUGCCUAGCAGCACUUGUUGCUCUUCAUACUGAUGCUAAAUCUACGCAAAAGAUACUCGUUCCUCUUAAGUCUCCUUACACUGCACCAGUAGCCUUAUCUUUAUUGGUAGUUCCUCUUAAGUCUCCUUACACUGCACCAGUAGCCUUAUUUUUAUUGGUAUUUCCUCUUAAGUCUCCUUACACUGCACCAGUAGCCUUAUCUUUAUUGGUAGUUCCUCUUAAGUCUCCUUACACUGCACCAGUAGCCUUAUCUUUAUUGGUAUUUCCUCUUAAGUCUCCUUACACUGCACCAGUAUCCUUAUCUUUAUUGGUAGUUCCUCUUAAGUCUCCUUACACUGCACCAGUAUCCUUAUCUUUAUUGGUAGUUCCUCUUAAGUCUCCUUACACUGCACCAGUAGCCUUAUCUUUAUUGGUAGUUCCUCUUAAGUCUCCUCACACUGCACCAGUAGCCUUAUCUUUAUUUGUAGAUCCUCUUAAGUCUCCUCACACUGCACCAGUAGCCUUAUCUUUUUUUCAAUUUGUUCUUCUUAAGUCUCCUCACACUGCACCAGUAGCCUUAUCUUUAUUGGUAGUUCCUCUUAAGUCUCCUCACACUGCACCAGUAGCCUUAUCUUUAUUGGUAGUUCCUCUUAAGUCUCCUCACACUGCACCAGUAGCCUUAUCUUUAUUGGUAGUUCCUCUUAAGUCUCCUUACACUGCACCAGUAGCCUUAUCUUUAUUGACACAUACUUGUGUAUCAGAAGUGCUGAAUUAUGGGCUGAUGAGGCGAUUGCUUACAAAUGAUAACUAUUUAGCAUAUCUAAAAUGUCUUACUAUAAGACAUGGUAAAAGUUUUUUCAGACAGCAGCAUAGACAAAUUUUGAAGUUCAAAAUUGUUGUUUUUGCAGGCAAACUUACAGAACCACAAGAUAAAGAUGAGGUUGUAGAUCGUGUGAAAAGAUAUACUAACGACGUAGACUACGUAUAUGUCGAUCUUGGACAAGAAGUUAAACAAGAAAUCGGAGUACCUGGUCCUCCUGGGAAACAGGGUGUUGAAGGAAUGAGAGGAUAUCCUGGCCGAGCUGGAUCUCCUGGAUCUAAAGGAGGUAGAGGAGACCCUGGAAAAACCGGACGUGUUGGACCUCAAGGGUUUAGUGGGUCUCCAGGAAGAAAAGGUGAAAUGGGACAUCCUGGUGAAAAAGGUAAAACUGGUGAACAAGGGGCUGUUGGAUCAACUGGAGAAAAGGGAAUGGAUGGAGCCCCUGGUAAAAAUGGAAAGAAUGGAUCACAGGGACCACCCGGAGAGGAUGGUAUUCAAGGAGAACCAGGUGAAAUAGGAGCUACUGGAGCCGAUGGAAUCGAUGGAGACAUUGGGCCAGAAGGACCGUCUGGUUCUACUGGACAUCCCGGACCAAAAGGAGAUAUGGGAUUAGCAGGACCAAAGGGAAAAAAAGGAAAACCUGGUAGCAAAGGAGAUCAAGGAAACAGUGGACAACGUGGAGAUUCUGGACAAACAGGUCCAUCUGGACCCACUGGUCCAAAAGGAGAUCCUGGUUCAUCAGGAUCAGGGGGUGGUGGCCAUGGAGGAGGAGGUCGAGGAGGUGGUAGAGGAGGAGAUGGAGAAGGAGUUAAAAACCCGAGGGAAAAAGAAGGAGAUGAAGUUAAGGAUCCACCAGGUGACGCACCCAUAUAGUACCGAGUGUCUUAAGUCUUAA